AAUGGCCGACGCAUCUGCCGGCGGGCUUUAUCAAUGUUUGACGGACAUUUCCCGCGCCGACACCAGCGGAGACUACCAAAAGGCGCUUACAUCGGCUAAUAAGCUGAUCCGAAAGUACCCAAAGGAGACAUUCGCGUUCAAAUGCAAGCUGGUCGCUCAAAUUCAGCUCUCCCAGUACGCGGAUGCUCUGGAGCUUAUCAGGAAGACUCCUGCGCAUCAGAUGGGCCACGUCGGCUUCGAAAAAGCCUACAUUCACUACCGCCAGGACGAGCUCGACGAAGCGAUCAAAGAGCUCAACACGUGCGACAAAGACGACGUUAAAGCCCUAGAGCUCAAGGCCCAAGUGUUCUACAAACAGGAAAACUACCAACAAGCCUACGAUAUCUACCUCUACUUGCUCAAAAAUCACUCGGACGACUCGGACGAGCUCCGCCGAGCCAAUUUCCUUGCGGUUCAGGCCCGACUGGAGGCCCAAGGCGUCAAACAGGCCGUCGCGGAGACCGAGGACUCGUAUUCGCAGCUUUAUAAUCGGGCUUGCGUCGAAAUUGAGGCCGAGAAGCUGCCGCAGGCUUUGGAGAGCCUGGAGAAGGCGCUGAAAACGUGCCGAAAAUCGUUCGAAGACGAGGAUCGCGAAGAAGACGAAAUUGAAGAGGAAUUGGACUCGAUUCGCGUUCAAAAAGCCUAUGUUCUGCAGAGAAUGGGCCAAAAAGCCGAAGCUCUCGCCAUUUACGAGAAAGUUCAGGCUGCGAAUCAUCCGGACUCUAGCGUCAAAGCAACCAUUACCAACAAUAUUCCGGCGGCUUCUAGCGAUUUUGCACUUCCAGAAUCUCGUAAAAGGUUCAAAGCGGCUCUUCAGAUUGACCAAACGAAGCUAACUCGUCGCCAGCGGCUCACUUUGAUGCUCAACAAUGCUCUUGUGCUUCUGCUCUCAAAUCAACGUGAACCAUGUAAACGUGCUCUCGAAGAGCUCGUCGCUAAAUUCGGAAGCUCCAAGGAUGUUGCUCUCAUUGAGGCGACACUUCAUUUUAAAAUGGGCGAUGCUGAAGCUGCGUUGAAGGUUCUCGCCGGCUCGGAUUUGGAGCAAUCGUUGGCUCGUCUACACGUUCUGCUAAACGCCGGUCGCCUUCCAGAAGCCGUCGGUGCAAUUCGUGAUCUACCGAUUUCCGGCAAACUUGGAGCAUCUUCUCUGCUCACUUCAACGUUGAUCGCCGCCGAUUCUCGAGAUGAAGCUGUAAAGGAGCUCGUCGCAGCUUCAACGGCAAAAAAUCAGACUCCAGAAGCGCUGAAAUCGAUUUUGGAGGAUUUGGUGGAAGUUGAGCAGCAACGGGGCAACGAGACGGCUGCUACGAAGCAUUUGGAGAAGCUCGUCGAGAAAUUCCCGGAGGAUUUGCAGCUGCAGUGUCGAUUGGUCGGAGCCUACUCGAAGACUGAUCCGAAGAAGGCCGAAAGCCUUAGUGCUAAGCUGUUCCCGGAGACGAUGGAAGUCGAUGUGAACGUUGACGAGCUCGAGGAUUCGGAUUGGAUCCUUUACGGUGAGAAAUACCGUCAAAAGAAGGAGGCAAAGUCACCACAAACUGCUGAAAUUGCUGCUACUCGAAAGCUGAAAAUCGCGACGAAGCGAAAACGGAAGAUUCGUCUCCCGAAGAACUACAAUUCCGCAGUGACUCCGGAUCCAGAACGAUGGCUUCCACGCCAAGAACGAUCGACUUACAAGCGAAAACGGAAGAACCGAGAACGCGAAAUUGGCCGUGGAACUCAAGGAUCUUCGUCUGCGAAUCCGAAUGUCGAAUAUGUGACAGCGUCUCCGAAUUCGCCACGCCCACUUCCUGGUCCCGUCGCAGAAGGACCCCGUCAACAGCGUCCCAAUUUCCAGAAACAGAAGAAGAAGAAGAAUGCGUCGAAAUUUUAAAUUUUUUUUGAAAAAAAUUUCCUUUUUUUUCUAUUACUAGUAAUAAUUAUUGCCCCCUGAGAUUUCCUUUCCCUGAAAAAAUUGCGAAAAAAGUGAAAAAAAAAUUGGAGAAAUUUUGGCGAUUUUUGAAAAUUUCUGAAAAAUUGACAAAAAUCGUGUUUUUUGACGAUUUUUCGAUAAUUUUAACAUUUUUAGUCGAAAAAAAAAAUGCAUUUUUUGUGUAAAAUUGACAAAAUUGACGCGAUUUUUGGCGAAAUUUCGUUAAAAUUUUAAAAUUGGCAUUUUUAGCCGAAUUUUUUGAGAGAAAUCUCCAUUUUUAUUUGAAAUUGACUAAAAUCCAGAUUUCUGGCAAAAAAUAACACAUUUAAAAAAUUGAAAAUUCGGCCAAUUUUGGCAUUUUUUCCAUCUGAAAUUGGAGAAUUUUCCCUGUUUCCGGUCAUUUUUUGUGGAAAAAUUUCAAAAUUUUAGCCAUUUUUAGGUUGAAAUUACGGAAUUUUUCCAGAUUUUCGCGUGAAAAUUGGCGAUUUUUAAGCCUUUUUGUCUGAAAAUUUGCCCAUUUUUCCAGACUUUUCGCAAUUUUCUUCCCUCUGAAAUUUCCCAGACAUAUUUAUUUGAUUUUUUAUUGCUCCGCACUCCCUUUCCCGCGUUUUUUUUUGUUCCCCACAUUUCUGUGUCCCCCGAAUACCUUCUUUUUGUGUAAUUAUUGUUUAAGUUAAGCUUUUUUAGUAAAAAAAUUAUUGG